AUGGCGGCGUGUGGACGUGUACGGAGGAUGUUCCGCUUGUCGGCGGUGCUGCAGCUGCUGCUGCUCGCCGCGACCGGGGCCCAGAAACUCCAGGGCCAGGGCGGCCACGGCCAGGGCCAGGGCCAAGGGCCCAACUUUGCGUCCUUGGUAGGGCAGGCUGGAGGCGGCGGCCCGGCGGGUCAGCAGCUGCCCCAGCUGCCUCAGUCAUCGCAGCUCCUCCAGCAGCAGCAGCAGCAGCAGCAGCAGCAGCCGCCUCAGCCGCCGCAGCCGCCUUUCCCGGCGGGUGGGCCUCCGGCCCGGCGGGGCGGAGCGGGGCCCGGCGGGGCUGGCGGGGGCUGGAAGCUGGCGGAGGAAGAGUCCUGCAGGGAGGACGUGACCCGUGUGUGUCCCAAGCACACCUGGAGCAACAACCUGGCGGUGCUCGAGUGCCUGCAGGACGUGAGGGAGCCUGAAAAUGAAAUUUCUUCAGACUGCAAUCAUCUGUUGUGGAAUUAUAAGCUGAACCUAACUACAGAUCCCAAAUUUGAAUCUGUGGCCAGAGAGGUUUGCAAGUCUACCAUAACAGAGAUUAAAGAAUGUGCGGAUGAACCAGUUGGAAAAGGUUACAUGGUUUCUUGCUUGGUGGAUCACCGAGGCAACAUCACUGAGUAUCAGUGUCACCAAUACAUUACCAAGAUGACGGCCAUCAUUUUCAGUGAUUACCGUUUAAUCUGUGGCUUCAUGGAUGACUGCAAAAAUGACAUCAACAUUCUGAAAUGUGGCAGCAUUCGGCUUGGAGAAAAGUGUCGAGAAGCACUAACAACCCGCCAAAAGCUGAUUGCCCAGGAUUAUAAAGUCAGUUAUUCAUUGGCCAAAUCCUGUAAGAGCGACCUGAAGAAAUACCGGUGCAAUGUGGAAAAUCUUCCCCGGUCCCGGGAAGCCAGACUCUCCUACCUUUUAAUGUGCCUGGAGUCAGCUGUGCACAGAGGGCGACAAGUGAGCAGUGAGUGCCAGGGGGAGAUGUUAGAUUACCGACGCAUGUUGAUGGAAGACUUCUCUUUGAGCCCUGAGAUUAUCCUAAGCUGUCGAGGGGAGAUUGAACACCAUUGUUCUGGAUUACAUCGAAAAGGGCGAACCCUGCACUGUCUCAUGAAAGUAGUUCGCGGGGAGAAGGGGAACCUUGGAAUGAACUGCCAGCAGGCGCUUCAAACACUGAUUCAGGAGACUGACCCUGGUGCAGAUUACCGCAUUGAUCGAGCUUUGAAUGAAGCUUGUGAAUCUGUAAUACAGACAGCCUGCAAACAUAUAAGAUCCGGAGACCCAAUGAUCCUCUCGUGCCUUAUGGAACAUUUGUAUACAGAGAAAAUGGUGGAAGAUUGUGAACAUCGUCUCUUAGAGCUACAGUAUUUCAUCUCCCGAGAUUGGAAGCUGGACCCUGUCUUAUACCGCAAGUGCCAGGGAGAUGCCUCUCGUCUUUGCCAUACCCACGGUUGGAAUGAGACCAGUGAACUUAUGCCUCCCGGAGCUGUAUUCUCUUGUUUAUACAGACAUGCCUACCGCACUGAAGAACAGGGAAGGAGGGGCUUGCCUUUUUAUUUGCAGGAGCUUGAGUGCCUCCAGGACCAUCUGGAUGAUUUGGUUGUGGAGUGCAGAGAUAUAGUUGGCAACCUAACCGAGUUAGAAUCAGAGGAUAUUCAAAUAGAAGCCUUGCUGAUGAGAGCCUGUGAGCCCAUCAUUCAGAACUUUUGCCACGAUGUGGCAGAUAACCAGAUAGACUCUGGGGACCUGAUGGAGUGUCUGAUACAGAACAAACACCAGAAGGACAUGAAUGAGAAGUGUGCCAUUGGAGUCACCCACUUCCAGCUGGUACAGAUGAAGGAUUUUCGGUUCUCUUACAAGUUUAAAAUGGCCUGCAAGGAGGAUGUGUUGAAACUUUGCCCCAACAUAAAAAAGAAGGUGGACGUCGUGAUCUGCCUGAGCACCACCGUGCGCAACGACACUCUGCAGGAAGUAAAGGAGCACAGGGUGUCCCUGAAAUGCCGCAAGCAGCUCCGUGUGGAGGAGCUAGAGAUGACAGAGGACAUCCGUCUGGAACCAGAUCUAUACGAAGCCUGCAAGAGUGACAUCAAGAACUAUUGUUCUGCUGUGCAAUAUGGCAAUGCUCAGAUUAUUGAAUGUCUGAAAGAAAACAAGAAGCAGCUAAGUACCCGUUGCCACCAGAAAGUAUUUAAGCUACAGGAGACAGAAAUGAUGGACCCAGAACUAGACUACACACUCAUGAGAGUCUGCAAGCAGAUGAUAAAGAGGUUCUGUGCAGAAGCAGAUUCUAAAACCAUGUUGCAAUGUUUGAAGCAAAAUAAAAAUAGUGAAUUGAUGGAUCCCAAAUGCAAACAGAUGAUAACCAAGCGCCAAAUCACCCAGAACACAGAUUACCGCUUAAACCCUGUGCUAAGGAAAGCUUGCAAAGCUGACAUUCCUAAGUUCUGUCACGGUAUCCUGACUAAAGCCAAGGAUGAUUCGGAGCUAGAAGGCCAAGUCAUCUCUUGCCUCAAGCUGAGAUAUGCUGACCAGCGCCUGUCUUCUGAUUGCGAGGACCAGAUCCGGAUUAUCAUCCAGGAGUCUGCUCUGGAUUACCGGCUAGAUCCUCAGCUCCAGCUGCACUGCUCAGAUGAGAUCUCCAAUCUAUGUGCUGAAGAAGCAGCAGCCCAAGAACAGACAGGUCAAGUAGAGGAGUGCCUCAAGGUCAACCUGCUCAAGAUAAAAACAGAAACAUGUAAAAAGGAAGUGUUGAACAUGCUGAAGGAAAGCAAAGCAGACAUCUUUGUGGACCCAGUUCUUCAUACAGCUUGUGCCCUGGACAUUAAACACCACUGUGCAGCCAUCACCCCUGGCCGUGGACGUCAAAUGUCCUGUCUCAUGGAGGCACUGGAGGAUAAGCGGGUGAGGUUACAACCCGAGUGUAAAAAACGCCUCAAUGACCGCAUUGAAAUGUGGAGUUAUGCAGCAAAGGUGGCCCCAGCAGAUGGCUUCUCUGAUCUCGCCAUGCAAGUAAUGACGUCUCCAUCCAAAAACUACAUUCUCUCUGUGAUCAGUGGGAGCAUCUGUAUAUUGUUCCUGAUUGGCCUGAUGUGUGGACGGAUCACUAAGCGAGUGACACGAGAGCUCAAGGACAGGCUACAAUACAGGUCAGAGACAGUGGCUUAUAAAGAUUUAGCAUGGUCUCAGGGUGUGCCUGGCAGUCCAAGCUGACCUUUCUGCACACUCCAGGCAAACUUCCCAGACACGCUUCUUUGUGCCUCUACAUGGAGAGGGUGUGGAAAUUUAUUACAUUAAAAGAUGGAGGAUUUUCUCCGUUUUUUUUUUUUUUUCCUGUCUGUCUGCUGCGUGUACCCACUCUAUUAGGCAUCGGCUAAAUUUUGUGUUUCGGUGAUCCAUCAACCUUUCCAGAAUCUGAGCUUUAUAGAAGCAAUAUUCCUGGCCACCCCCCUCAUUCCUCCAGCGUGGAGGUGACAGGUUUGGGGUAUAAGAAUAGGAGGAGUCCAGGCAUCACAGCUCAACCUGGCACACCUUUUGGUUGAGUUUGGGGCAUGAAGUCAUAGUGGCUGCGCAAGAAAGCAGCUUGUACAGUAGGAGAUAUAUUUAUAUAAUAUAUAUUUUAUUAACCUGUUAGAUGUCCGCAAAGUAUUAUAAAUCAUGUGCCUAAAACUGUCCAUGUAGACCGAGGCCCUCCCAUGGUGCCCUUCCUCCUCCUGCCUCUCCUUCCUGCUGUCCACGUGUGCCGCGGCACCCAAGCAACGUUUGUCUUCCCUGAAAUGUGUUCCGUACAAGGUGUGUCAGUUUGUGGAUCGAUCGAUCCAAAUUACUCCUUGUCUAACCUGACUGAUGCAUAUUUGAAUACUGUGGUUUUCUUCCUUCUAUUUCUUUUUUCUAUUUUGCUGCCUUUCCUAGAGGCAGUGGGUUCCAGAAGCCAGCUGUAUGCCCCCUGCCGAGGGUAGUGCUAGUCACCAAGGGAAGCUGCUAACCUGCUUGGUCCCCUCAGUCCUGCUCUUAGGGUCUUCCUGAUUCUCUGCAACUGUCCUGGGACUUUUCAAUCUCAUAAAACUUGAAACCCUUGGAGUAUGUGCAGCACACCUUACUACCACCACUGUCAGACUGAACUGAGCUGGUCUGGACCUUCCCUGUCCAGGGGUUCCCCUUUGGGUGGGGGGCUGCUGAGGCUUGACAGCAAGAACCAGGAAUGUCUUCUAAUGCAGAUUCCCACUGACAUAUCUGUGUGGUUUACAGGAUAGGGUUAAUGUUCACUGUUUGACGAGGGUGGAGGUAUCAUUGUCCAUCUCUGCAGUCUUCCUCCCGACGUGUAAAACAUCCUUCUAGUUCUGAAGUGUCUCGAUAUUUCUGUUCUCUCUGAACUGAGAAAAUCCCAUUAGUUGUCUGCAGCAAAUUUGGAAGUUUGAUGAAGAGUUUGGUUCUUGGAACAUUUGUCAUCUUUAGAAAUGGUCAGAAUAGAAAUUAUAGCUCUGCUGAUAUCUUCAGUUGCUUGGUACAAAAAAGUCUAGUCUUUUACCUUCCUACUUGGAGUAGUUUCUUACGACUGGCUCUUGAAAGUCCCAGGCAGGUCCUGAGCAAGUUUUUCUAAAUCCAAGGGACCGAGCGCCAUCCAAACUGGCAGCCCAGCUACAUCUCUUCUGUAUCUCAUUUGGCAUAACAAGGCAGGGCCCAGGCACCCCUGGUUCCCCCUCAUGGGGCAAUCAUGGGUAUAAAUCAGCUGGUUGAGAACUAGUCAAGAAGAGGAACCGUGACCCUUCUGUAGGAGCUGAUGAUGGACUCUGGCCUUUCUCUAUUCUCCUGAUGUCUAGCCCAAAAACAAUAAUGUCAGUAGCUGUUAGGGUUUUUUGCCAAGGCCAAGGCUCUAGGCGCUUACUAAAAAUUACUGCAGCCAGGGCACUGUCAAUCUGGCCUUGCCAGCUCAUGACAGUGUCUCGGGGACUCUUAUACACAGUGUUCUCCACAACCUUUCAGAGGCGCCAGGAUCCCAGGCUGGAGGCGCUGUGGUACAGAUGAGAAAUCUGGGCAAAAUGUCAAGAACAAGACUAACUGCUCCCAACGGAGCUUCUCCCACAGAAGGGGGUGUCUGUGAGUGAGACCUUGGUCCAUCCCUGGACUUCCGCUGCUGUCCCAAGACAAGUUGCCGGCAAGAUGCACCAACAGAGGCUCAUACCAAAGGCUUGGGUUUGGUGCUGGGAAAGCCCUUCCUGCAUUCCCUGGAGACCCUCUGGCUACCAUUCCCAGUCCCAGUGCUAUGGCUCCAGUCAGCUUAGUCUGAGCCAGUGCAUCCUUAGAAGCUCGGCAAAUUCUAGGGCUUCCAAUGAACUGGUAUUUAGUAAGCAGGUGUUGGUGCGAGUUCGUUGCAGGCCUUUGGCUGUUGCACCCUGUACUUACUCUUCUGAGGGACAGUGAGCAGCUCGGCUGGUGGGGUGCAGAUGCAUCUCAGGGAGGUGAUUCCUUUCCUAGAAGAUGGGACAGAAAGUUACUAUUUCAUUUCUUCCUAUUUCAACUAAUAAAAGAAUCCAAUGGUGAGGACGUCUACACAUACAUUUUACAUUUUAUCAGACAGAUUGGAAAGGGAAUUAUGUGGCUGACUCCCCUUGACCUUCCUAAGGAAGAUUCACUUUUAUGUAAUGUACCAGUAUGAUUUCUGGAAAUGUCUCCCAUGCUCCUGGCCUCCAGCGUCAUGAUACUUCUUCCGUCCCAAAGAUCCUGCUCUAGUGAGUCAUCCAGGGAGGGUUAGGUGGUUUCAUGGGGCCUCCUCUCCUAGCUGGCCUCAGGUCCCUCUCAGGAAAGGCCUUUCCUUCCCAUUGCUCCCCCUGCGCAUCACAAAAGUAAACACUCUCCACAUGGAACUGAGUCUGAGUUAGCAGAUGAGGAAAAGGAAGCCGGACUUGGAACCCUCAGAGUCAACCUACCAGCCUGGCACAUUCAACCUAAAUGUGGGUCAUAGAACCAAAAGAAGAGUAUGGCUUUUUAGAUUAUGUGUAUUUUGGUGUGUUUACUUGUAUUUCAUCUUCGUAUAAAUUUGAAAAACCUCAGAUCAGAAUGUUCCCUUUUAUUUCUCACCAUUUGGGCAGCACCUAAGUAAUUUUAUAAAAUACAGCAUUCUAGUGUCACGGGGUUUCUCUUGGGCCUGGAGGGACAAUUGUCUUCUGACCUGCCUCUUUGGUUCCCAAGGGCCUGUGGCCAGAUCCAGUGUUCUGGCCUCCCUCCUUUCUUCCCAUUUGCCUUUGGUUGGCCCUCCCUUUAACCACACUCCUUGGUCCUCCUCCAUCACCAGGGAGGACUAGGUCACAUGCUAGAGCAGUCGCGUUUGAAGCCAAAUACCCCUUCCUACCCAGAUACCAACAACAGAUAAGUCAUUAGCAAACCCAGACUGAUCUUUAGGGUGACAGACUCCCCCAGGCCAUCUGGUGCGAUCAUUGUGGGGGCCCAGAGGACUGUCACCUGGAGCACAAAGAUGGGGCUUUCUGCUCAGGCUGGUGAUGAUGGGAUCCUAACAGGUGGUCCUCUCUCCUCCUUCCCACGAUCCGUCACCACCCACAUGUAGGACGUCGUGCAGUGUGCACUAGAGAAAUAUUCCUGGGCUAGGACAAAGUUCAGACAGUGCCUCUAUCUUGUGUUUUGCCUUCCUUUCAACAUAGAAUUGACAUCUGGACCCCAGAGGCCAGCAGGGCCCUCUGCAGACAUGCCAGGGUGGUGCAAAUAGGUCCCCCAGGUCAAACUGCAGUGCACUGCAUUGGGGGGACCCCCAGGAGAGCUGACAACAGGGAGGCUUCCUGGACAGCUUCCCCCAGCACAACGGUCCCAGGUUAGUCCCAGCAGGAAAACAGACUGCAGCAAAUGCUGUGUGCGAUCUUAGGCCUUUAACUUUUUUUUUUUUUUUUUUUGAAGGAAAGAAAAAAAGAAAAGUACAAUUAACAAGCCUCUUUUGUAAAUGGGUUUCCUUUCUAUGUAUAAAAUCCUGGCAGUUCCUUGUUUUUACAUGUUCAUGCUGUGUAAUUUUGAGAUGUUACUGAGAUAUGUUCUGAACAUAAUGUGCAUUUUUUUCUGUACAGAUGAUAUGGGAGAAUUUAAUAAAGAGUUUGCAGGUUUUUA